AUGGAGGUCACCGAGUUGAAGUACAGAACUCGGCAAAGACUGGAUGCGGAUCCACUAAUAUUCAGGACUCUCAGAGCUUCAAAUCCUUGCAGAAAACUUUCAGGAACUGUGUCAAGGAGAAGAUUACCUUGCAGUAGCAAAGUUGAGGCCUUUGAACACUGUAUCACACGAUCAGAAGCAAUAGCUAGAGAAGGUUGCGGAUUGCCGCUGGCCAUCACCAUCAUGGGAGCCAUGAGAGGAAAGACAAAGGUUGAGCUGGGGGAUAAUGCCUUGAAAGAGUUGCAAAGGUCAAUGCCUUCCGGAGAUGACAUUGAGGCUGAGGUCUAUCAUCGUUUGAAGUGGAGUUACGACUCAUUGAAAGAUGGUGUUCGCGAAGGUACUGUGAAAAUGCAUGAUGUUGUUCGUGAUGUUGCUAUAUGGAUUGCAUCGUCAUCUGAAGAUGGAUGUAAAUCCCUUGUUCGUUCAGGGAUAGGCUUGAGUGAGAUUUCAGUUAGAGAGUACUUAUCAAAUUCAGACAAUCUCAAAAGAGUUUCUUUUAUGAACAAUGAAAUAACAAGGCUACCUGAUUGCAUGAUACAAUGUUCAGAGGCCUCAACUUUGCUACUCCAAGGAAAUCGUGCCCUUGACACAGUUCCUGAGAAAUUCUUGCUAGGUUUUAAAGCACUCAGGGUAUUGAAUCUCAGUGGAACCCACAUCCAGUCAUUGCCUCAUUCUCUGCUACAACUUAGUGACCUUCGUGCUCUUCUUUUAGGCAGUUGCGGGAGUCUUGAAGAACUACCUCCACUAGAAAGUCUUCGUAAACUUCAAAAGCUUGAUCUUAGUUACACUCGUAUCACAAAAUUGCCAACAGAGAUGGAAAACCUGAGCGAGCUAAGGGAGAGGAAAGACGGACAGGCAACUUUUGAAGAGCUCAGAUCCCUUGAACGAUUACGUGACUUAUCCAUCACAUUGAAUAGGAUCCCAUGUGACAAAUCUGAAGAUCUUUCUUGGAUAAAUAGAUUAAGAAGAUUUCAUUUUCACAUUAUCCAAGCAAACAGCACCCUAAGAACACAUGACAAAAGGAGCAACAUCCAAGGUCUUGAUCUCUCACGAGAAUCCAUUGGGUGGUACUGGGGUAAUUCAAGUUCUCUGCAUUUGGAUCUUUGUCAAGGACUAACUGAAAUGCUUGAAGACUUCAUUAAAAGUGACACCAGCUUUGCUAAUUUAAAGUCACUUACUAUUAGUAAUUGUCUUACUAGUUUAGGGCGAGGAGGAGGCUGUGUUGCUCGCUCUGACCUACUAACAAACCUGGAGGAACUUCGUCUCUGGAAUGUGAGCAACCUAAAAAGCAUUUCAGAGCUAGCCAGUCAUCUUAGGCUAAAAUUUCGUGGCCUAAAAUCAAUUGAAGUGAAAAAUUGUAAUCAGAUGAAAUAUCUUCUCUCCUGUGGUGACUUCAAUCGGACCCUGCCAAACUUAGAAGUUAUCAACGUAAGGCGCUGUGGGAUCUUGGAUGAGCUCUUUAAUUAUGAAUCAGGGCAGAAUAUGGCUCCAGAUCCUAUUGUUCCAAACCUAAAAAAAGUGACAUUGAUGCGCCUUCCCAAAUUAAUAACUCUUUGUAGACACAAAGAGAUAUGGUCGUGUCUAGAACAGGUUGAAGUGGUGGGGUGCAAUGAACUCAGAAGGCUGCCUUUUACUAACCAAAAUGCAGGUACCAUAAAAGAAAUAAGAGGAGAUUCACAAUGGUGGAAUGCUUUGGAGUACUGGGAUGAUGACCAAACCAAAUCAAGUCUGCUGCCAUCUUUCCAUCCAAGCUAG